ACCAGACCUACCUACAAUGUUGCUCUUCUCUCCAAAAAGUGACCCUCUUGUUCGCCUUCACCAACACACACAUUCUCUUCCCCCUCUAUUAUUUCUACCUCGGGAAGCUACUGAAUCCUUUACGAUUAUCGAAUUCAGUCAUGAUAGUCUACACGGUGCACUUGCAAGGUUCUUAUCCUCUAUCCUAUGACUUCGCGUAGCAAGAAUUCCUUCGAAUAGCUCGCUUCCGGUCGCCCUAGAGCAUCUCUUCAUCUUCACGCCUUGUUCCAACCACCUCCGCUCUUCAUAUUCUUUGUCGCGACCAAUCACCUAUAACCUACCUUGCUCUUCGAUCAAGUCCAAGAGAUUUCCUCCCAAUUUCCUUCCGUAUCCUCACUGUCGCCAACUUAACUCUUUCCCUCGUAUUCAAAACCCCUCUUCGAUCCUAUUCCAACAAGUCGCCUACACUCCAAGUGAUGGCCGGCAUCUCCCCCACGAGACGCUCUUCUCGCGCGCGAACUACCCAAUCACAAUCACAUAAUACCUCCAGUGCUUCCAGCGCAUCUGGCCGUGCCGAGCGAAGCACAAGAGCGUUUACCAAGACCGGCUCGCCCCAAAAAUCCACCGGCAGCGGCUCUCUGUCUUCAGAACCGCCCGAGGACUCGAUUAUAGCGAACGACGAUCCAAUACUCCGCCGACGCAGCACGCGCGGGAAAGAAGACGAGCGCGAAAAGCAUAAUAAAAUAGAAUUACUCGAUAUGGUACCUACUGGCGACGAAGUCCAGGAAGAGGACGAAGCCGUCCGGUGCAUUUGUGGUCAUGACGAGUACCCAGGGCCACCACCGUUCGAUGAUGAUUCGAAGCACAGCAUAAAAGAAGCAAUUGAUCAUGACCGCAUCUUCCCCUUCGAGAUUACAGACGAACUGGCUGGUUUUUUCGUACAAUGCGAGCUUUGCAAUACAUGGCAGCACGGUGCCUGUGUCGGCUUCGCCGAAGAGUCGAAUCUAGACGACAUCCAAUAUUUUUGCGAAAAAUGCCGAAAAGACCUACAUAGAAUACACACUGCCAGCAAUGGACAAAAAUUCUCGAUUUUCCUCCCCAUCCACCGGCCCUCGCGGGCUGCCUCGCGGGCUACUUCCUUAGUUAAGGAUGGUGCGCAAUCUCCCAAAGGCACUUCUACCAAAAGCUCACGCUCCGCAGCCGCCGCGCAUACGUCGAAACGACGUUCUACCAUGAACAGCCGCGAUGCUGCUUAUGACGAAGAGGAGCAACUGCGUCGGGCAAUUGAAGCCAGCAAGGAAGAUGCGAUUCCCGAGGUUGCGGAGCCUCCUUUGAGACGUCCCAAGCGAGGCAGAGAUGACAGUGAAGAGAAAGUCGAAGGUAUCAAGCGACAACGAACAAAUUCCAAAUCUCCUUCACCUAAAACCGAACGACUUCAAUCAGCGCCCCCAGAGGAGUCCGAGGACGAAUCAGCCAUUCGAAACGGUUCCUCAAAAAAAUCUCGGAACGCAGCGCGGAACCAACGCGAAAAGGCCGAAAGAGACGAGCGUCGUGAAGAACAAGAACGAAAGAGGGCUGAAGCUGCUAAUAAACGGAAAGGUCGCGCUGAGCGUCGACGAGCCGACGAUUCCGAUCCAUCGGAAGAAAUGCCUUUGGCGGUUCGUGCAGCAGCAAAUAGGACAACAGAAUCAGCGCAGCCACCUGAUCCCCCUCUAUCGUCACAGCCUGCUCCGGACACACCUCCAGCAGUUCCACCUCCAACCAAUUCACAUAAGAAAAAGGCGACCAACCAGAAGAAGAAAGGCCGAAACCAGUAUACGAAGGACCGUGAUAAUCGUGACCAUGACGAAUCACCUGCGAGGUCCGUCUCCCGAGACAUUUCAAGAAACGACGAAAACGGUACUUCGCAUACGAAGUCUACAGGUCAUGAAACCACCGGCAAGCAAAGCAAGUCGAAAGGUGGGAUGAACUCGAGGAUUACGAUGACAGACAUGAAGAGACGCGCCAAUAAUAUAUUGGAAUACAUCACUAGAACACAGGUCGAAUUAGCGAACGAACCAUUAUCGGAUCCCGAAACGGGAUCCCAACGGAAUGGUGCCGGAAACAACUCAGCCAACACAAUACCUUCAAUAAAAGUAAACGGCGACAGCAACAAGAAAGCCGACAACAACAGCUCUAUAUCAAAUGGCCUCACGAGCAACGGCACCAAGAACAUUGUCCUACCCCUCAAAGAAUUCAAAGAAAUGUCUUGUAUCGAAAUGAUGGACGCACUGACUCGAGAUUUGGUAAAGUGGCAGCAAGAAUUCACGCCUUCUUAACGCAUGUAAUUCUUAUCACUUUUAUCCAAGGGUCUGUCUUGUCUAGUUACUUGGCGUUUCUAUGGUUGGCUUGCUGCCGGUACAUACAAUGGACGGGUCUAUAUCCGCAUUACUUGGCGUUUUACGUAUUUAUCUUGUACAGAUGGGAGAAUCAGGAGUUUUUUUCUUUUUUUCUUUUAUUAUCUCCUUUUUCUAUUCCAAGGACAAAAAUUACCCUGGGGUCUGGAGUCUAGGGUUUCAUGUGUUUUCUUUUUUUUUUUACUUAGAAAUGGCUGUGCUAACAAAAACAAAAAAGUCGAAUGGGUUGCAACAUGUGGGCGAG